AUGAAAGCACACAAGAAUAAAAAAAGGUAUACACAGCGGCUGCACGUCCUCCCACUGAAAGUGCACCUCUCUAACAUCCGAGGUCUGCACUCCAAUCUCGAAUCUGUCCACCACCACCUAGAAACAGAAAAACCGCAGCUGCUGUUCCUCACUGAGACGCAGAUCAGAUGUCCGGCUGACACGGCGUACCUCAGCUACCCCGGGUAUUCUCUGGAGCACAGGUUCAUACCUCGUGCCGGAGUCUGUGUGUACGUCCGUGAUGACAUUUGCAUCAAACGUCUUAAGCACCUUGAGACAUCCAGUUACUCCAUCCUAUGGGUUCUGGUGGACACAGGACAGGAGAAAAUCCUGUAUGCCUGUGUCUACCGUUCGCACAGUGGAGACGUGGAGACAACUCAGUUAUGUGACCAUCUUACCCUAACGGCGGAUAAGGCUCGAGAGCGUUACCCUUCGGCACAGUUAGUCAUCCUGGGGGACUUCAACGCCCACCACCAGGAGUGGCUGUUCCCAUACCAGGUGACCGACCAUGCUGGGAGAGAAGUGCGUAAACUAGCCUUGACGCUGGACCUCACCCAGCUUGUAAAUUGUGCUACCAGGGUACCAGACGUAGACUCUCAUACCGCCAACUGCUUAGACCUAUUUUUAACAACUGAUCCAGACAGGUACUCAAUAACAGUUUCUGCACCACUGGGUACUUCUGACCACUGUCUGGUAAAAUCAAUAUCCGUCUGUUCCCCACCCGAAGAAUCCCCAUGUGGCCCAAGACGGGUGUGGCGAUAUAAGGCAGCGGAUUGGGAUGAGAUGCGUCACUUUUUCUCGUCCUAUCCUUGGCGAGAGGUAUGCUUUUCUUCUGAUGAUCCGUCCAGCUGCGCUGAAGCCAUUACCGCGGUUAUACGCCAGGGUAUGGAAUAUUUUAUACCAUACUCUGACGUAGCGACGAAUGGAAAAGCUCGCCCAUGGUUUGAUGCGGAAUGCUAUCGUGCAGAAGCCAAAAAGCGGUCGGCAUACACUGCAUGGGCUGAAGCUCGAGCGCGCAAGUCUCCAAAUUCUCGGAAUUUGAAGAAAGCUUUUAACCAAGCCGCCAAGGCAUGUAAAAGGACGUUACGCAGGACUAGAUUCAACCAUAUCAGCCGCAUUGGGGCCAAACUAGCUUCUUACCCUUCUGGGAGCAAAGCGUUUUGGUCCCUGGCAAAAGCCGUUGAAUCUAACUUUUGUCGGCCGUCACUUCCACCAUUGCUGAGGACUGAUGGAUCACUGGCCCACUCUGCGAAAGAGAAAGCGGAUUUGUUUGCAUCUCUUUUUGCUGAGAACUCGCGUCUGGAUGUUGCAGGAAAAGCUCCACCAAUCUCAACUCGUGCUGACUGCAUUAUGGCAGAAGUACGCAUACGCCAAAAAGAGAUCCUUAAAAUCCUGCAAACUCUAGACGUGAACAAGGCCAGCGGACCGGAUGGAGUGGAUCGAACAAAACGCCUUCUGUCACGAUACGCAGGCGAAAGGCACAGAAAUCUCCUCCUUACCGAUGAAAAACUUUUCAUGAUUGAAGAACACUACAAUAAGCAAAAUGAUAAAGUGUACGCUCACAGUUCUAAAGAAGCUGCUCAAGUUGUCGGAAAGCAGGACUCUGUACCUGUACCUGGAACGUACCUUGGUCACAAGGCACGAACUAUCCAAGCCUGGCUUGAAACCAACGUUCCGGACUUUAUAAGAGUUGAAGACUGGCCUUCAUCUAGCUCAGACCUCAACCCUUUUCAAAUUAUGGUCAGUUUUAGAGGACAUGGCCUGCUCUAA